AUGGUGGCCCGCGCCCUCAUGGUGGUGAUGAUGUGUCGAGAGGUCCUGCUGUCUGUCGGAGACCCUCCGCCGUCCCGCCGGGAAAUCCGCAUGGAAGGUGACCUGGUUCUAGGCGGCCUGUUCCCUGUGCACGAGAAAGGCGCCGGCAUGGAGGAGUGCGGUCGAGUCAAUGAAGACCGAGGCAUCCAGAGACUGGAGGCCAUGCUGUUUGCCAUCGACGCCAUCAAUCGCGACCGCAAUCUGUUGCCUGGCAUCGCCCUCGGCGUGCACAUCCUGGAUACCUGCUCACGAGACACCUACGCAUUGGAGCAGGCGCUGGAGUUUGUGCGUGCGUCACUCACCAAGGUGGACGACUCAGAGUUCAUUUGUCCGGAUGGUUCUUACGCCUUGCAGGAAGACAGUCCGCUCGCCAUUGCGGGCGUCAUCGGAGGUUCUUUCAGCAGCGUCUCCAUACAGGUUGCCAAUCUUCUCAGGCUCUUCCAGAUCCCUCAAAUAAGCUACGCAUCCACCAGCGCCAAGCUAAGCGACAAGACCCGCUACGACUACUUUGCCCGCACCGUGCCGCCUGACUUUUACCAGGCUAAAGCGAUGGCUGAAAUCUUGCGUUUUUUCAACUGGACCUAUGUCUCCACUGUGGCGUCGGAAGGCGACUACGGCGAGACGGGCAUUGAAGCCUUUGAGCAGGAGGCCCGUAUGAGGAACAUCUGUAUUGCCACGUCAGAGAAAGUGGGACGUUCCAACGCCAAGAAUUCCUACGAAGCCGUAAUCCGCCAGCUUAUCCAGAAACCCAACGCUCGUGUGGCCGUCCUGUUCCUGCGCAGCGAUGAUGCCCGAGAGCUGCUGGCCGCCGCUGCCAGGCUAAACACCUCCUUUAUCUGGGUGGCCAGCGACGGCUGGGGGGCGCAGGAGAGUAUCGUCAAGGGCAACGAGAUUACGGCGGAAGGAGCAAUCACGCUGGAGUUGGCCGCCAACCACGUGCCGGACUUCAACCGCUAUUUCCUUAGCCUGAACCCUAAGAAAAACACACGCAACCCUUGGUUCAGGGAAUUCUGGGAACAACGCUUCCAGUGCUCACUAGGAGGGGAGACGCCGCUGCCGAUGUGUGAUAAGGACCUAUCCAUGGACAUGAGCAACUUUGAGCCCGAGUCAAAGAUCAUGUUUGUGGUAAAUGCGGUGUACGCCAUGGCCUACGCACUGCACAAUAUGCAGCGCAGCCUCUGCUUCAACACCAGCUCGCUCUGCGACAGCAUGAAGGCUUUGGAUGGCCGCAGACUCUACCGGGACUUCAUCCUGAACGUUAGCUUCACAGCUCCGUUCUCCCCCGCCGGCAUCGAGACGGCCGUCAAAUUCGACUCCCAGGGCGACGGCGUGGGCCGCUACAACAUCUUCAGCUACCAGCGCUCGAGCGAGCGCUACUCUUACGUGCCGGUCGGCGAAUGGGCGGAAACCCUGAGUCUGAACAGCGGCCUGAUUCAGUGGCCCAAGGAAGCGGCUCCCACUUCGCAGUGCAGCGACCCCUGCGAGCGAAACGAGAUGAAGAAAAUGCAGGCAGGCGAGUAUUGCUGCUGGAUCUGCACCGCCUGUGAGCCUCAUGAAUACCUUGCUGAUGAGUUCACGUGCUCGCCCUGCGCUUCGGGUCAGUGGCCCACUGACGACCUGACCUCCUGCUAUGAGCUCCCUGAAGAUUACAUCAUGUGGGAAGACGCAUGGGCCAUCGGGCCCAUUACCAUCGCCUGUGUGGGGUUUUUGUGCACCGGCCUCGUGCUGUGGGUGCUGGUCCGCCACAACGACACGCCGCUGGUAAAGGCGUCGGGCCGCGAGCUGUGCUACAUCCUCCUCCUGGGCGUCUUUAUGUCGUACGCCAUGACCUUCCUCUUCCUGGCCAAGCCGUCGCCGGCCAUCUGCGCCCUGCGCCGCCUCGGCCUGGGCACGUCCUUCGCCGUCUGCUACUCUGCGCUGCUCACUAAGACAAACCGCAUCGCGAGGAUCUUUGGUGGCGUCAAGGAUGGAGCGGGCGCCGCCAGGCCACGUUUCAUUAGCCCGUCUUCUCAGGUCUUCAUUUGCCUGAGCCUGAUUUCAGUGCAGUUGGUGAUGGUGUCUGUGUGGCUACUGCUAGAGGUUCCGGGCACACGGCGCUUCACGUUGCCCGAGCGCCGGCAGACGGUCAUUCUCAAGUGCAACGUACGAGACGCUAGCAUGCUGUUGUCCCUCAGCUACGACGUACUGCUGGUCAUCAUGUGUACUGUCUAUGCCUUCAAGACCAGGAAGUGCCCGGAGAACUUCAACGAGGCAAAAUUUAUCGGCUUCACCAUGUACACGACCUGCAUCAUCUGGCUGGCUUUUCUGCCUAUCUUCUAUGUCACGUCCAGCGACUACAGGGUGCAGACGACCACCAUGUGCAUAUCGGUUAGCUUGAGCGGCUUUGUCGUGCUGGGCUGCAUGUUUGCCCCUAAGGUUCACAUCAUCAUGUUCCAGCCGCAGAAGAACGUCACCAGUCACAGGCUCAACCUCAACCGCUUCAGUGUCAGCGGGGCGGCCGCCACCUCCUACGCCUCUCACGCUUCCGUCAGCGCCCACUACGUCCCGACGGUGUGCAACGGCAGAGAGGUCGUCGACUCUACCACUUCCUCUCUGUGA